GGGGCUGCUCAAAACAACAUUUAGCCCUCGAUUUAGCCUGAUCAAAAAGACAAGGAUGAGUACUAGUCAAGAAAACCUUAACCCUACUGAUCUGAAAAGCCAAUCAUACGAUGGAUUUGAGAUCUCCUUUGUGGAACAGCCCCCGAAAGAGCUACCACUAAAGUGCUCUAUUUGCCUGGAGCUUCUCACUGACCCCUGUAUCCUUGACUGUGACUGUGGGAGCAACUUCUGUAAAGUGUGUAUUGAGAAGGUCAAGAAGAACGGCUAUCCUUGUCCCCUAUGCCAGCAGCAAUUUACCACCAUCCUCCCCAACAAGCAGCUACAGCGCACCCUCAAUGGGCUAAUGAUCCACUGUCCCCACAGGGCGGAUGGCUGCUCCUGGAUGGACGAACUUAGCAAGCUCAAGCAGCACCUCAAUCGAAUGCCAUCCAACGAGACAAGACUAGAAGGCUGUGGGUUCACUGAUGUGUUGUGUCAAUACUGCAAGAAGUUCAUUCCUCGUCAAUACAUCCCUACACACGAAACUGAGACAUGUCCCAAGAAGCCGUACAUUUGUCAGUAUUGUGGCCACUCCUCCGUCCCCGUUGACAACCACUGGCUUGUCUGCCCCCAGUUCCCUGUCCCCUGUCCAUACGAGUGUGGAGAGAGACCCCAACGUCAGGGCCUCGAGCAUCAUAUGGAGGAGAUAUGUUUGCAAGCCCCUGUUCUGUGUGAGUUCCGAUAUGCUGGCUGUGAGGUGGAGCUACCCCGGCAAAACAUGGCCAAUCAUCUGAGAGACAGCAUUGUAGAUCACAUGACCUUGAUGUCCCUCAAACACAGGGAGGAAGUUAGCUCAUUGAAGGAAGAGAACCAACUUGUAAAGCAAGAAUGUGCUGAUUUGAGAGAAGAAAAUAAUGCUUUGAAGCGCUGUUUCAGUGAACAUGAAAUCCAGUUGUUGAAAAUUGAGAGUGAACAGAAGGCAAAAGCAUUGAAGGAGAGCGUCACAGAUGUGAAAACAAAAAGCGACUGUCAGUUUGAUUUCGAGAACCAAAUGGAAAGCUUAGAGCGUAAAGUUGAUGACCUCACGUCAGAAAAAACUGCCACCUCAUGUGUACAACCAUCACCAUUUAGAGUACCCAUAGAACUUGUAGUUACUGGCGUCAAACAACUCAAACAGCAGGAGGAAGCUAAGUGGAAAUCUCUAUCAUUUUACUCCAGAGGUGGCUACAAGAUGGUGCUUGGAGUUUGCCAAUGUAAUCGAUAUGGCUUAGACUUUUCAAUUGGUACUUAUCUUUCUGUGUAUAUCUUCAUCAUCCAAGGAGAGUACGAUCAGCAGUUAAAAUGGCCUUUCCUUGGGACUGUGACUAUCACACUAGUUGAUCAGAGAAGACCGGAAAAAGACAUUACAAAAACACUGGAUUACACUCGUGAGAACUAUGAAGAGGGUGCACAAAGGUUCAACAACACUCUUACCAAUGGAUUGGGAUUGGAAAAGUUUAUUGAGUGGAAGUACCUCAAUCCCAACUAUUUGAAAGACAAUUGUCUUGUGUUCCGUAUUGACGAUAUCGAAUAUAUGUACAACUGGUAAUUUUUAGAUGUGAUUGUGUACGUAUUAAUUUUGGUGAUGGUCAUUUUACAUUUGCUUUGCUCACUAGCUACAAUGUAAUUUUGUAGCCUCUACACAGGCUCUCCUUUUUCUGUUCUUUAUCACAAUCGUUCAAUAAGAUAAAAUACUGUAUUAAUCGUUCAAUGAGAUAAAAUACGGUAUUAAUUGGAGGAAUAAAGAAAGAAAUAGACGUAGAG